AUGUUUCUUCGUCGUAUGAUUAAUGCCAUCUCACAAUCAUCAGAGUCUGGCAAAUCUGAUAAUUCGGCCUAUGCUCUCAAUAUUGACCAUAUGGAAAUACCUAUAGAGGAGUGGAGUCAUAAAGUGGUCACAUGUUUUUUGUAUAAGGAACAAUUUUUCGAAUUAAUUCCCAAAGUUACGAAACUGAAAUAUGAAGGUGUUGAUUUUCUGACAAAAAACAAGGAACAAUUGACUGCCGAGUUGAAAGUACAUGAAGACGAAAUUACUGAGUUGAUGGCUAGAAUCGAAAGUGUAAAAGUGAAACAAAAGUAUUAUUCGAAGGCUAAUAGAUUGACACUUUCAGAGACAGAUACAGCAGAUAUUAAUUCUCAACCAGCAGUUGGAGACCCAUCAUCGCCAAACAAUACUUCAAACGGAAUUGCCAUCAAAAACAAACCAAUCGAUUCAACAAGAAAUAUGUCAGGCUCGCCGAGUGCACAAACUUUAUCUGCAUCACCAAUGAAUGGAAGUAGAGUUCCUCCACCUGGCCUCACUGAAUUGGAUAGACAGAGGAGAGGCACUGGGUUGGAGAGGGGCAAACUUCCAAGCUCUCCAACAGGAGCAACCUCUCCUUCGAGCUCAUCAAUUUCACCACCAGCAUCAUCAUCAGGAGAAGCACAUUUAAAUAUUAGUAAUAUUCAACUUUUGAAAAUUGUGGAAUCAUUUAAGAGACAACUCAAGGAAAAUGAUCUUCUCGCAGAAAGAUCAUACCGACUCAAUAAGUAUAAGAAUACAUUUACUGGAAGCGAUGCAACCACAUUAUUGCAUAAAUUGAUGAGAGAUGUGGCAAAAUCUGCAACGAGAUUCGAUGCCAUUGAUUUGGGAAAUGCAAUGAUAAGAGAUGGAUUCAUAAAACAUGUUGCCGAAGAUGAAGACUUUAAAGAUGAGCCAGGUCAAUUGUACUUUAUUUCCGACGAUCCUAGAGCAAGAGACAGUUUGAACUUGAAUAAUAAGAAGGGAAGUUCUGCAUUCUUUGCCGAAGAGGACAGAUCCAUCACCAAAGAUAUAAUGACACCUGCAGCUACUGAUUUAAUUUAUAGAGGUGAUUGUGCCUCCAAGAUGAUUGUACUGAUUAAGAAUACAGACACUUUGCUCGAGUCUUUAAUUUUCCAAGCAGGAAUGCUCAAUGAUAAGGAGAAGAAGACAUUGGAAGCCGUUACUAAAAAGCUCAAAAACUUGAACUAUCCUGUCCCAGAGGUUCAAAUUAGUUUGGUAGCUCAAGAUUUGAGUUUGUCAGAGAGAUACUUGUACAGUUAUUUGAAUCCAAACAGAAUUCCAAGAGCUAAGAAGACUCUUUUGCAAGAAAAAUCAUGUGGAAAACAAUUUAUGGAUAUUGGAUUGGCCUUGACAUGUACAGAAGGAUUGGCUGGAGAAUUUUACACUUUCGCAUUAAUUGUAGGAACAUUUAUUGUGGAAUUUUCGGAUAGAUGUCAUUUGGCAUUGGUAAGAGAAAAGGAUUCGAGCUUUGUCAACUUUUUCCAUAUCACAACUAUCAAUGAUAAGGAAAAUAUCGAAUUGUGCUUAAAAACAGUUAGUAAGUGCUGUGUAAAGUGGAAUGAAAAACCAGUUGCAAAGAAUAUCAACUCUAAAACUUUUGUAACUGAACUUUUCAGAUGGAUUGACAUUCCUGAAAGUGUGAUUGAAACUGUUGCCUCAGAUAUGGACUUUAUAUCAAACUAUCCAAUCAACUCAAAAUCACUCUUCUUACAAAAGGGACAACUGGAAGAAAUUUACAAAGUAUCCGAGACUGUAGAAAUUACUUCAUCACUUCAAACACUUCUCAGUCAAAUUACCAAUCAAACCAUUACAUUCUACAAACAUUCUGAUUUGGCUGAAUUCUACUUGAUUGCAUCCCACCUUUUGAAUCCUGUUCAAAAACUUCUCAUUUCCUCCUUUGCCAAGACAUUUAUGAGACAAUUCAAUGAGGGUAUUAAUUUACCAAACUCUGAACCAAUGUCCUACAAGGCAGCAAAGAAAAUAACCAAAGAGAGAUUAUGUAAAAUAGAUGAUGUUUUUACAUGCCCAUUUAAAGGUCAUGGAAUUUGCACAAAGAAUGUAAAAUAUCCAAAAGCUGCAAAUAGUGAAAACGAAACUCCAGUCCAAUCUGAAAGCUCUCCUUCCGAUUCUCUGACCUACCAAUACUUCCCUUGUAACAUUUCAUUACCUACCAGACAAUAG